UGUCAGAUAGAAUGGAAGGAUGGAAAGCAGAUUAGAUCAGGUUUAUAGAUCAGUUCUUCUAACUAAAUUUUUUACUAAAGGAUGGGGAACCCCGUCCACCCUAGAGAAAAUUAUCAGAUUAAGAAAAGAACUUGGAAACCGGGAGAAGGCUCAGAGAUAUGGAAUCCCAGAAACUAAAAUUAUAUUAACUAAAGAGGAGAAACAAGAUAACUGCACUCUUAUUAACGGUGAAUUUAAAUCUCCGCUGGCUGAACUUGUACCUGGAGUCCUUCCUCCCGAGAGUGUAACCGCCCACUUUCAAGCAGUUCUUCCUCAUACAUGGAGCGGGAGAUGGAAACCUUUAGUUGUACAUUUUGCUGGAACUGGAGAUCAUUUUUUCUGGCGAAGACGAACACUGAUGGCUAAACCUAUGAUUAAAGAGCGCAAUAUUGGCUCAAUUAUUUUAGAAAAUCCUUACUAUGGUCUCCGUAAGCCAGCAACACAGUUUCGUUCUUCUCUUCAUUAUGUCUCAGAUCUGUUUGUGAUGGGAGCUGCCCUAAUACUAGAAGCUCAGUUGUUGAUGAACUGGGCGACUAGACAAGGGUUUGGACCCUUGAUCUCGCAUGGUAUCUCUAUGGGUGGGCAUAUGGCAGCUCUAGCAGCAACCUCCUGGACCAAACCUAUAUGUUUAGUGCCUUGUCUUGCUAGCACCUCAGCUAGUGUUACAUUCUGCCAGGGAGUUAUGACCCGUGCUAUUAACUGGAAACAGCUUCAUGAACAGUAUGAAAAUAAUCCUGAUUAUAAGAACAAGAUUUGGGAGCUCUUGAACAGUCCUGAGUUCAGUAAAGAAACUGGAGCAUCAGAUCAGUUUAUCAAAGAUAGUUUCCUCUCACCUCAGAGUAAUAUUUCACUGAAAUAUUUUAGAAAACUCAGUACAGAGAACAGAACUAGCAUUGAAGCUUUCAUGUUUAUGAGAGGGUUAAUGGAUGAAUGUACCCACCUGGAGAACUUUAGUUCACCUCUAGACCCGGAGCUGAUAGAGAUCGUUGCUGCAAAAUAUGACGCUUAUCAACCCCAGGGUAGAGUUAAACCUUUAGAAGAUCUCUGGCGUGGAUCAAAUAUAAGAUUUGUUGAGGAGGGUCACGUGAGCAGCUACUUGUUCCAUCAGAAUGUUUUCCGUGAAGCAAUCUACGAUUCUUUUAAUAAAUAUUCACUCAAAUAUAAUUAACCUUAAUUUUCAGUAUAUCAAGUGUUAUUUUGUAAAAAUUACAACUAGUCGACUAUACGAGUACUCAGUUUAAAUAGCUGUCAUACAGCAAUUAAAUUGUAGUAAUCAGUCUGUUUUAAAAAAAGUAACUACUUUUUAUAUAUUUAGUGUAUGAAAUAAUUAUCCCGUGUUUUACCAUGAAUUUAUUAAUUUCAAAUAUUAAAAAAAUUUGUAAUUUUUUUUUAUGGUUUCCUUGUCAUUUUUCUUUAGAUUUAGUUAAUGAUAUUGUGUUAGUUGUAGGAGUGUCAGACAAACAGUCAAAAUCCUGAAACUAUUUCAGA